AUGGCUACACAGUCAAUAGUUGAUGAUAUCCAGUGGUAUUGCAAUAUCAAGGAGCAAACGCGGUUGCGGACAACCUGUGUGUCACUCGCGGCUGGCAACACAGAGAGUCAUGCAAAGUCAUUAAGAGCUUCGGACUCUGACACAUCAAUCGCAGUUGAUUGGUCACGGUUUGCAUACACCCAGUAUGUCACUAAUAGCGAGUAUCUUUGCAACUCGGUCAUGUUCUUCGAGGCGCUGGACCGACUUUCUAGCCAAGCAGAUCGUGUCAUGAUGUACCCCUCCAAGAUGUUCCUGUCGGAGAAUGAUACGUCUCGUGAUAUUGAAUUACUUGUUAAAGCCAGGGAUGAAUACAACGUCAAGCUCGUUCCCAUCACGGUUCAGCACAAGGACAAUGCAGACGCUACAUGGGCUGAUUCAUUCACCAAGCUUCUUGCUUUCAAUCAGACACAAUACAGUCGCGUCCUGUCCAUCGACUCAGACGCAAUGAUCCUUCAAAAUAUGGACGAACUAUUCCUUUUACCGCCAGCUCCAGUAGCGAUGCCUCGCGCAUACUGGAUGCUCCCAGAUGCAGACAUGCUCUCCUCACAGGUCAUUCUCAUACAACCUUCCAAGACAGAGUUCUCUCGCAUCCAGGCCAGAAUAGAUUCAGCAUCCAAAAACGAUUAUGAUAUGGAGAUUGUCAAUGAUCUCUACGGUCAUAGUGCACUCGUUCUCCCACACCGUCCUUACGAUAUGAUCACUGGCGAAUACCGGGAGGAGAAUCAUACGAAAUAUCUCGGUUCUGAUGCUGAAACUUGGGACCCCGUCGCUGCUUGCAAUGAGGCUAAGCUUAUUCAUUUCUCCGACUGGCCGAUCCCAAAGCCAUGGAUACCCACGCCCGAUGAUCUUCGUCUUGAGAUACAACCCCCGUACUUUAAGCUGAAACGCAAGGAGGUUUGUGAGAAGGUCAAAACUGGUUAG